AUGCUCCAGCGAGGCACUAUCGAUGGCUCAUUCGACGUUGCCGACGAAGAACAUGCGUUGCUGGAAACAGCUGAAGGAGGUAGUGAGCGCUCUUCUAGACCUGUGUCUCCGACUGCGCAUCUGGUGGCGCAUCGUAAAUCAUGGUGGAUACAGCUUCUAGCAUACACUAUCCUGUUUUGUGCGAGCAUCUGGGUCGGAGCUCAUUAUGAACGACCUGGUGACGUGCGUUACAGAGAUGCAGUCCAGUCCGCCGUUGCACAUCCGUUAAGACAAGGCUACGGAAAACAAGAUAAAAUAUUCAUCGCUGCCUUAUUCUACAACAACGAACUAGUCAUACCCUACUGGCACAACUCUCUCAUCAAAGCUAUUCACUAUCUCGGUCCAGACAAUGUCUUUGUCUCUAUCGUCGAGAGUCACAGUACCGAUACUUCCCCUGAGCUUCUUCAAAAACUAGAUGCAGACCUUGCACACAUGGGCGUGUCCCGGCGCAUACUCACAGGAGACGAGACCGUAACCAGACCAGACUAUUUGGGUGGGAGGGAGCGCAUCGAAUUCUUGGCCGCCACCCGUAACCGCGCACUCGAGCCCCUAAUGGAAGGAGGAUAUGAUAAAGUCGUCUUCUCGAAUGACAUAUUUAUUGAGCCCGAAACCUUGGUGGAGUUAUUAGAGACAAAUGAUGGAAACUACGACAUGGCAUGCGGUCUAGACUUUGGGCAUUUCGGCGCAUAUGAUAUGUGGGUUCUCCGAGAUCGACAGGCAAAGCUCACUAGUGGAAUAUGGCCAUAUUUCUUCGACGAAGCCGACUAUCGCGCGAUGCAGACAGACUCUCCCGCGCCUGUAUUUUCCUGCUGGAACGGUAUCGUCGUGUUUGCCGCUGAUCCUCUCGUUCCCAUACCCUUACGCUCCAACCGCACGCUUUCCACCGACCCUUUACCAUACGAAUUACCCUCGACUCACCCAGCAGCACAAGAUCCAUCCAUGCGCGGGACCAGCCCCGCUCUGACACCCCCCGAUGAAGUUCCGCGCAUCUGCACCAGGAGAAUGUUUCUCUUCAAUCUACAGCGCAUAUACGUGAACCCGAGGGUAAUUACUGCGUACAGAUGGAGAUAUUAUGCAUAUUUCAAAUGGUUCAUGCGCCAUCCUGUACUCCAGUGGUGGAUCGAGAAGGUGUAUGAUGGGGCGUGGAUGGCGAGGACUGUGUUUGUUGUAGGCGAUGCUACUCAGGUGUAUCGAUGGGACGGGGGGGAUUGUCAUCCGUGGUUUUGA